GCCGCACCCCGGAACGCUCUCUCUGAUCCAGCCGCGGCGGUGCAGGGCCAUGGCGGCGGCGCCAGCGGGGUGCGCUUCGCAGAGCCCACCACCGGGUGCAUCACUCGCGCCAGCAGCCGUGCCCGCGCCCGCGGCCGGCUUGGGCCGCUGCCGGAUGGCCUUGCUGCUGGCCGUGGCGCUGGACGUGGCGGGCAUGGCGGCGCUGCUGACCGGCGUGUUCGCGCAGCUGCAGGUGCGCGGCCGCGACUUCGGCGACCUGCUCAUCUACUCGGGCGCGCUGCUAGUCUUCCUGAGCCUGCUCGGCUGGAUCCUCUGGUACACCGGCAACAUCGAGAUCUCGCGCCAGGAGCUCGAGCGCGAUUACGGCCUGCGGCCCUCAGCGCUCGCCCGCCUGGCGCGCAAGCUCUCCCGCCGCUGGUCGGCGCCCGCCGGCGGCGGCCCGCGCGCUGUACCAGGCUCCCGGGGAGCGCGCCGAACCGCCCGCGCGCCCCCGCCUCCCGCCGCCGCCUGCCGCCGCGUGCGCCUGCAGCUCGCCACGCUCGAGGCCGGGCCUGGGGCGGCGGGCGCCUGCAGCGAAUGAGCCCCAGAUGACCCCAUGGCUUCACCUAUCAGGACCAGACUGAGAUGUACAGCUGCUCCAUACCUCAUCCAACUGCCAGGACGCCUACCUGUCCUCCCUCUGUCGUCACUUGGAUAAACAGCUCUGCCUCACAGCACUGCAUGUCUACCUGGAA